GUUUGGUGCGUCCACUCAAUCUGUGGAGACGAGGUCACAUCUAUCAGGGAACGAGCAGACGCCAGCUCAAACCACUCAGGGUCACAUGUCGUAGAUUAAACUUUGACCUCGAGGACGCCGUGUGCGCGAUGGUCAUCGCGGCCGAGCCUUCGGACCCAUCGGAACUGAUGCUCUGAUGAUUUUCACUGGUUUUCACUCUGUGUUUGGACAGCUGCUCUCUGAGGGGUCAAAGGUCACACGUUUCCAGGGUUUCACGUUUCGUGGUCCUGCUCAGUUUGUCACAUUCAGCUGAUGAACUUGGAAAACACAUCAGUGUAAGCAAUCAAAAUGUUUUCUAGGAACACAGGCUGAAGACAAAAGUGAGAAAACAAGUGAAAACAGUCACAGACUCACUGACAACAACUUUAUAAUACGUCACAUCAUUGUAUUAUUCAUGUAUUGAUCUCAUAUUACUGUCAUGAUGAAAUCCUGAAUCUGUACGAUACAUGAGACACAACCAGUCGGUCAAGCAGACUGAAUAUUACAAUAUUAUUAUAGUAUAACAGUGACUGCAGAGAGCUGGAUCAUCAGGUCUGCACAGCGACUGAUGCAACACAAACGCAAACAGUUUCAUCAUCGGCGUUUUCUGCCCUGUGGCGAAAUAACGAAAACUCCUGAAAGUGUUUGUUUGUUUUCAGCCUUUAAAUGCUGCGAGACGCCGAGCAGAUGCUCAGUCUGAGGGUCGCAGCUGCAGCUGAAGAUGAGACGCCUCCUCGUUUUACUGGCUUUUUUGUGGGUGUGUGACGCCGUUAAGUUCGGUCAGCUGUGCAGCGGUAACCCGAGCAACAGCCAGAGGACGUCGGACAGAUGGGGACAGGGACAGUACGGAGCCGGACGGGGGACCAGACUCCACCAAGGGCUGGACAUCAAGUGCAGCGACGGCGCCGCUGUCUACGCUCCGUUUGACGUGACUCUUAACGGGAAACUGACCGUCUACACCGACCCCAAAAAGGCAGCCAUCAACGAGGGCAUCAACCUGUCAGGACAGGGUCUUUGUUUCAAGCUGUUCUACGUGAGGCCGGACCGAACCUCAGGAACGGUGAGGAAGGGGCAGAGGAUCGGCACCAUGCUGCCCAUGCAGAGCGUUUAUCCGGGAAUCACCUCACACGUCCACGUCCAGAUGUGUGACAGGAGCGACCCCACACCAUACUUCUGAUCCACCUUCAAACGCCGUCGACAACCUUCAUUACUAAAGAGGCUUUUCUCUGAAUGUUGGUGGAAAACUUUAGCUCCUCAUCCAUAUAAAAGGAUUCUGAUGUGCUACAUUGGCUACAAUAAAAC